CUUAGCCAUUUCUCUGUUCCCACGGUCCCUUUGUCUCCUCUAAGCAUUACACCGAAUCUAUGGGAUAUAGUACACUACCCAGUGAGCUACACCGGCUCAUCGCAGAGUUUCUCGCGGAGUUUACGGAUUCAGAGGAUGCCUUCAAUGCGCUAGCACGCACCAACCGUACCUUUUACAUGCAGUACAACCCCUUGUUGUACAGAUACCACCUUGCAAGUCAUUCCAAGCGCCCUUCAGCACCAGCACUUUACUGGGCUGCUAAGAAUGGAAGACAUGAUACGCUAGUCCGGCUCCUCGACGCGGGCGCAGAGCUAUACCACCCUCGAAUCUGGCAGGAGAAGCCAACGUCAACCGGGUCGACUGGGCUCCGGCCUUUACAUCCAGCCCGACUUGCUGCCGAGAAGGGUCAUGCUCAAUUUCUCGAGGCCAUUUUCGAUUGGGGGCAAGAGGAUCCGGAGAGUGCCAGAAGCUUUGGUAGCCGGCUAGGUAACCGGGGCUACAGUGUCCUUUUUGCGGGAGCAGCCCUUAACAACCACCUGCCCGUGGUGCAGAUUCUGCUAGCCCGUGGCGUUGACCCCUGGGAUAAGUAUACUUCCUUUCUUCCUCAGGGCGUGCGACUGCAGAAAUUCAGUUCGGAGCUGCUACAGGUGCUUCUCGAAGAUGCUAAGCAUCGAGAGCAUUUGCAGCCCUUCACCACCUGGGAACCUGUUCACAUGGCAUUACGGUAUGCAGUGGAGCAGGCCAAGGAUAUUGAGGCGACCAAAAUAAUUCUCACAACCGGGGUCAAUGUUAACUUCCUCUAUUCUGAUGACCCGAUGAUUGUGGUCCGGCGACCUUUGCAUUACUGUCACCAACCAGACUUGUAUCGGCUCCUACUUGAGGCGGGUGCUGAUCCAAACAUCGAAAAUAAUGACAGAUGGGGGGCUCUCUCCUCCGCAGUAGGAAACUGUCACAUGCAGGCCGGCCGAUAUCCAAGUUCGGCAGAAGCAAAGUGUCGGCGGUGGGAGAGAAUUCAGCUGCUGUUUGAGUACGGCGCAGACCCCGCGCGAGCCGGGGGAGGUUGGGCACUGCACGGCGCACUACGCGACGCAGAUUAUAGGCUGGCAGACUUUCUAGCCGACAAGGGGGCGAGAAUUAGUGUCGCUGAGCUAGGCGAUGCGGAUCAAGCUCUCUUACAUCGCGCAGUGGGGGCACGUGAGUGGGAAACUGUGAUGGAACUUACUCCAGUCAAUUGGUCUAUGGCAGGAUAUGCUGGUCCAGGUCUGAUGAAAGACGCUCGCAAUCGGACUUUCCCGUACGUUCCACCAUCCAGCAGACCACUUUCAGCAAGGCCCAGAAUUUGCAGGAUAAGAGAUCCACCGCAUAUGGAAAACUAUAUCGGCCACUCAAAGAAAAAAAGGGUACGAUACGACUAGUGUAACUAGUUUGUAUACUCCAAUUUGUUACUUAUACAAACUUAUACAAGCGUGCACAAGCGUGUACAAGCAUUCACAACUAUUGAGAUUAGUCCGAUGUUCCCCGUCCUUACGGCGGACUAGGGCAAGAACUGCUCCACUACCCAUACAACAAC